UGCGACGUCCAGUGUAGGUGUCGUUCUCAAAUGGCUUUAAGCGUAGGAGACAUGCCUGAGAUACGAUUUGCGUUUUUGUUUUAAGACAGUAACAUAUGAAGAAUCACUAGGCCUUAAUUCACUAUUUACCUUUGGGAUCACUUGCCUGAAAUUGAAAGCCAAUCUAGACAUUGCAGUUUCAGCAAAAACUGACGAUGAAGAUAUUCAUGAAAAUUGACGGAGCAUCAAUUUGCACCAACGACUUACUUGUCAGUUUGCAACUUUCAAUGGAAAAAAAUCUACCCGAGUAAAUAAAGCGAACUAUGUCAGAUCACCAAAAGUCGAUGAGCAAUCGACUGACAAUUGUUGUCAGCGGAGAAGUAUUUGAGACGAGCAAAUACCAUGUUGCGAAAUAUCCAGAAACACUUCUUGGCAAUCCACUGCGAAGGUGCAAAUACCUUGACCCAAAAAGAGAGAUUUAUUUCUUUGACCGGCAUCGAGUUGCGUUUGAAGGCAUUUUGUUUUACUACCAAAGCAAUGGAAAAAUCCUAUGUCCCGAGAACGUUCCUUACGAAGUCUUCAAAGAAGAGCUAAGAUUCUUUGACAUUAGAGAGAAGUCAGUUCCAGAAAAGGCAAGAGAAUUCAUUUUAGAGCCAUUUAAAGUGACAGCUAAUGCGUCUGGUGACUUGAAAUCGAGAGUCUGGGUUGCUUUACAAGAUCCAAACAGCUCAAGCCAUGCCAAAGUAAUCUCAAUAUGGUCACUGUUUGUUACAUUAGUUUCAAUUCUUCUGGCAAUAAUUACCAAAAGUGACAAUUAUGGAACGGAGAGUCCUCUUUUUCCAUACGAGCUUCUUUGCUUCUCAUGGUUUACAGUUGAAUGCGGACUACGACUAUGGUCCUCCCCGGACAAGCGGCACUACUUUGGUAAUUUUGUUGACAUUAUUGACAUCUUCAGUGUACUAACCUACUACAUAGCCCUGCUCAUUGUCAACUUCAAUGCACGCUCGAUGGCACUUCUGCGUGUUUUCCGCGUUGCUAACGUCUUUCGCAUUCUAAAAUUAGCAAGAUACUUCUAUGGCCUACGUCUGUUGAUGUAUACUGUUUAUACAAGUAGGCUCGAUCUACAGAUUCUCGGUGCGUGCUUGCUGUUCUUUAUCAUGAUCACCUCUAGUGCCAUGUUCUAUGCCGAAAUCUCUGAGCCAAAGUCGAAAAUUGACAGCAUUCUUAAUGCAGUCUGGUGGGCCAUAGUCACAUGCACGACAGUUGGAUAUGGUGACACCGUCCCGCUCACAGCUUUAGGCAAGACUAUAGGUGCAUGUACUGCCAUUUUUGGUGCACUUAUGGUUCUGUUGCCGGUGUUAAAGCUUGUUCAGUCGUUUGGUGAUGCCUUGAUGGCUGCUAAACCAUACCUUAAGACCGCAGAACGAGAACAAAUGCGUAAGAUAUCUGGUGUAUGAUUGCUUUCUCGUUAAGCUGCUUGUCUUUCAAAUUUAGUCUAAUUUUUAUAGCAAGCUAUCGAUUCUGUUUUUGAAGUUUGAAGUAAAUAAGAGCUGUUAUUUUGAAAACCGGGUGUUCAUAUAAUUAUAUAAGAACUUUUUCUGCUUUUCCCACACUGAUAUGUUAGUGAAAUGAAGAGCAAAUGAAAUUUCUCAACUUGAAGUACUAUACAGGGGCGGAUCCAGAGGGGUGCGAAGGGGGCUCGAGCACCCCUCAGAUUUGAGAAAAAACUUUUUGGGGAUUAAAGCUUAUUCUACCGCAAUUUUGUUUAUUAUUAUUUAAACCAUUUAAAUAAUACCGGGAAGUAUGCACAUCUCCUGAAAUUGUUAUUUCCGCUUCAAUGCCCCGUCUCACAACUGUUCAACAUUGUUA